AUGCCACGCGGUGGUCGUAGUCGUAGUCGUUCUUCUGGUAAAUCCUCCUCUAGUCGUUCCUCUAGUCGUUCUAAUGGGGAAGGUUCUACAGAUAGUGACGCACCAUUACCAGCACAAGAAGGAAUUCCUCCUCGAUCUUUAUAUAAUGAUAAUAAUGAUUUACCAUUCCAACCAGAUGAUUUUGGUAAUAAUGGGUGUCAAACUAAUGCCAGAGAUUUAGUAAAAUGUUUAGAACAAAAUAAUAAUGAUAUUAAUUAA